ACACCUGCGCGCGCACCUCCGCGCCGCGGCCUUCACGAAUCGCACGCCAGUGAAUUACGAAUGUGUUCUUUUUAAAAUUUUAACGGCAUUAUGUUUUGCUACAGAAGUUUAUUUAUUUUUGGCAUUAUUUUUUGGAUUUCAUCGGUUUCGCCAAUUGCAGAUAUUGAAAGUGAUGAUGAAGUUCUACACUUGAUCGGCGAGCCAGACUUUCGCGACGUGCGGCUGCGAUGGGAGUACGGGAGAGCUGAAGAGGACCAGCCCAAGCUCCUGGCCUUCCAGGUCAACUACUGCGAACUGCAGGCGUGGGGCCAGUACCGCUGCCGGACUAAGGUCGUCGAGAACAUAGAAGACGACAAAGCACGCACCAUCGACUCAUCGACGACACCGGCGGCGGCGCCGCAGCGCGGGCGCGCGUACAGCACGCGCGUCACGGGCCUGCGCAUGGCGACUACCUACUCGUUCGAGGUGCGCCCGGUCAGGCGCGACGCGCGCGACCUCGCCGACCCGCACUCCAUCGGAUCCAAAAUCAUCAUAGUGCCGACAAAAGGAUUUUCAGCUCGAGCGACUCAAUGCUUACCUCACGCCAGCGAAGUAGAAGUGUCCACCGGGCCGUACUUCGGCGGGCGCAUCGCUGUGGAAGCUGCGGACGGCGGCAGCGGAGCCGCCGAGCGCUGCUCGCUGCAGGGCAACCCCAAUAGCGCCCAGGACGCUUAUAUCCUGCGGUUCCAUCAUGAUGAGUGCGGCUCUGAGGUCAAUGACACUACGGUCGCUACCUAUGUCAUCGUGCAAGAGAACCUCCCGAUACUUACGCAUAGCACAAGACGUUUCCUGGUACUCUGCACAUACAAGCCAGAGACCCUGACCGUCCGUGCCGGCAUCAACCUGCCCAAGGCCAACCCCGGCGACGUGCUGCUGCACACGAAGCCCCACCCGGGCUCCGUGGAGCCCUACGACGACGACGAUUAUAACGAGCUGCAGCCGCUUAGACUUGAAGCGAGGAAGCAGGAGAGUGAACCAAGUAUGUUCGGCGAAGUGUCUCUGGUCAUGUUCUUGGUGGUAGCCGCAUUCGGCGGCAUCGGGCUCCUGAUUUGGAAAAUGGUUCCGCGGUCGGACGGCGACAACGUAUCCAUCUCAACUGUGUCUACCUUGUCUCGCAGCAGCAUCUUCGGUAGGAGAAACAGAGACAGAUUCUCUGACGGCACAUCUAUUUACUCUAUCACAUUAUCAGAAAAAGAUGACGAUUACGUCAAGAAACCAUGCGAGGGCGAUAACACAUCUGAGGCUUAAUCUUGUGUUCGUUUUACAGUGUGUUUUGAUCUAGAUUGUAGCUAGGUAAUCAUACUUAGUUUUUAUUGUCUAACGGACAUUUGUGGGAAUACGAGAGAUGGGACAAACGGGGCCGUUAGGUUUAAUCCUUGUCGGGACAGUUAGUGCUCAACCGCAGUAACCUAGCCAAGUAUUUUACUAUUGGUUUGAAUUUAAAAAUACGUAGGUACAUAUCAAUAGAUUUGUGACGUUAUGUAUAUAUAAAAACCGGACAAGUGCGAGUCGGACUCGCCCACCGAGGGUUCCGUACUUUUUAGUAUUUGUUGUUAUAGCGGCAACAGAAAUACAUACAUCAUCUAUGAAAAUUUCAACUGUGUAGCUAUAUCACGGUUCAUGAGAUAUAGCCUGGUGACAGACAGAGAGAAUGACAGCGGAGUCUUGGCAAUAGGGCCCUGUUUUUACUCUUUGGGUACGGAACCCUCAAAAGGCAUAUGAUUGCCGUAGGCGCUUAAGGCACCUAUUCGUAACGAUAAAUACUUAUGCCCAAAUGUGAUGCUACACGACUUACCUAUAAGUUGAUAAGAUUGGUGCAACCUGAAAAUGGGCUAAUGGAUGCUUGUCCAUAAGGGGCUUGCUACAUUUAUAAAUAUGGAAUAAAUAUGGAAUCGGGAUAUAAUCACGAAUAGUUCAAACAAAUAAAUAAUGGUUCGUCUAAAAGUACCUGUUUUAGGAAGACUAGUACUUAUCACACAGCUUGGGUAUGGUAACAACUGUCAUCGACAUACAAUAGGUGGGUAAAUUAGCAUAAUUACCUAAAUUAUAUUGAGAUGACAGCUGUCACCAUACCCAAGCUAUGUGAAUAGAACUUCGAGCAACACCGGCUUCCGACACGUCGGAAGGGAGGGGCCCAAGCGAUAUCUCGCCGUACAAAUCUUUCUGCCAUUUUUCGCGGGGGGAAAGGUGCACACAGUCGCAUUUCUCACACACUUACGUACAAAAUCCAAUCUGUAAUGACGACACAAAUACAUAGAAAAUGACACACGUCAAAGACAAAUCUUGCAAACCUCGAUCUCUUUUUAUGUACGGACGAGUGACUAGUGUCACAACACGCACACUAACACAUUUUCGUUGAAGUAUGUCAUUGUAUUCUGAGAGAUGAGAAGUCGGAUUUAUCGCUCGACCGAUCCGCAAUUUGUACUGAGCGAGCAAAAUCGAUAAAUCCAACAAUUACUUGAGACUAAAAUAUAAUAAUUGUAUUUAAAUGUAAUUUAACGUAUGGUAUGUAAAAAAAAAAAUUACAUGUGAAAUGUAACAUUUUCUUUUUGUAAAUUUGAUGUCCCCGACCUCUUUUUAUAACAAAAAACCGAGCAAACAGGCAUUUUUGUGCAGCAGUGUUCACGCGCGCGUCUGGACUCGGUCUAGUGAAAAAUCCAAGUGCAACUAGUUUUAUUACCCGCGCUAGAUUAUUUUGACGCGCUAAUCUUGUACCUAGGCAGAGGGGAAAUAGUGCGAAU